AUGUCGGCAGUGAGGGCAAUUAACCUGGUGCUGCCUGAGAUUGAGGUGUAUUUGGCUGGUUCCAGCAUAAAUGGUCAACUGGUUCUCAAUGUCAGGAGUACCCUGGUGGACCCUGUUGUGAAGGUGGAACUUGUGGGAAGAGGCUUCCUGAAGUGGCUUCAGGAGGAUAAUCCUGACCUGGAGUAUGAGAAGACUACAGCUUGUACCAACCAGGCUGUCUAUGUCUCCACAUCUAAGAUUUUCCAUGUAGAAGAUAACUGUCUGAAUUCUGGGGUUCACACCUUUGACUUCCAAUUCAGCCUUCCUCCAAGUGUUCCCUCCACAUUCACCAGCAAAGUUGGCUGCAUCUCCUACUUUGUGAAAGGGACUUGCUGGAGCCGCAGGAUUCCCUUAGCCAGAGAGGAGAGAUGUUUACUGGUGCAAGGAACUUCUGAUGACAGCAAAAGACAUUUGAAAGAUAAGGCCCCACUGGUGUUGGAAGCUAAGAAGGAUGUGGAUUAUUUCUGCUGCUUCAGUCAUGGCUCUGUGAUCCUUCGGAUUUCCCUGGAAAAAAACAUAUAUUGCCCUGGAGAAACCAUUGUCUUCACAACAGAUAUUGCUAACAGGACACACAGGCGUAUCAAAAAGAUUGUUUAUGCUGUCCACUGCAUCAUCCUCUACUGUGGCUUCAGCAGCAGGGGAGAACAAUGUUACUUGGAAGACCGAAGUGAAGUGACAAGGCUGGAGUCCCAGACAAACACGGAUCCCCUCGAGGACAUGAAACUUACCAGUUCUCUGAUUCUUCCAAAACCCAUGCCUAUCACCAGCACUCUCAAGGAAAAUAAAAUCAUGGCAUUCAGGUAUGAGCUGGUAGGCACCUCUGACCUUCCUUGUACCACAUCCACCAUCAUGGGCAGGGUGCCCAUCAUCAUAGCAGCCACAAAGGAUCAAUCCUCUGUGGAGGAGCAUGGCCCUGAAUGA